AUGGAUAGGAGAGUGUUUGAUGAUAGGAAGAGAAUUGGGACAGUGAAAGCAGCUGUUAACAUGUAUGGAGAAAGAAUUCUUGAAAGUAGUAGUUCUUCUCUGAAGAAACCAGCCCAGAUGGAUUUACCUGAGAAGUCUUCUUCAAGAGCCAAAGAGCUGCAUAUGGCAAAGAGAAACUUGGUUAGAUAUAAAGAGAGUAGUAAGGCUGCAGAGUCGGCAAAAGGCAAAGCAGAAUCAGAACUCUUGGAGGCGAAAGGAACAGUGAAAGAUCUUGCUUUACAGAUUGAGCAAUCUAACCUGAAGGUAAAAGCUCAGAUGGGAGACAUGGAUAGACUAAAGAAGUUGAUUGAGCGCCAAGACAAGGCUUUAAUUGCUGGGAGUGCUGAGCGCCAUCAAUAUGAAGAAGUGAUAAGGGAGUUGGAAGAUGUGAAGCAAGAACUGAGUCAUCUUAAGAUUGAAAUGGCUUCUGUUUCGGAAGAGAAAACACAGGCAGAGAAGAAAAUAGCAAGCUCAAGUUUGCAAUUAUCGUCUAAUAUGAGUCAAGUGGAAGCACUCAGGAAGAAGAUUGAUGAGGCAAAUGAGGAGCAAGUGCUAGUUGAGUUGGCACAGAUUGAGGCCUUGAAAGAAUUUGGAGAAAUUCAAGCUCAAAGAGAGAAGGAAGCGAGUGAAUUCUCAUCUGCAAUGGAGGAAACUAGGAACAAAAUGAAGAAUGUCAAAGAAGAAAUCAGCAGCUCGAUAGAUCUUGAGUCUAAAUUGGCUGUGACGCUAUAUGAUGUGAAUUUGUUACAGAAUGAACUAAAGCUUGCUAAAGAUAUGGAUGCAAAGGUACAAAGAAAUGACAGUAUGAAGUAUCUGGGAGGCAGUUUUCGGAAAGGUAAGCGAUCGGAGGAUUUGCCUUCAUUGGAGUCCAUAACAGAAGAAUUGCAGGCAGCUAAGAAAGAAUUGGCUUCGAUUAGGGAAGAGGGUUUUCAGUUCAUGGCCUCAAUGGAUAUCAUAAGGAAUGAGAUGAGGCAUGUCACAGCAGAAACAGUUCGGUUGAAGAAAGCAAAAGAGAAAUCUGAUAUAACUGCUCAAAAUCUGAAUUCAAAACUGCUCAGAGCAAAAUCUAAAUUGGAAACUGCAUCUGCAGUUGAAGAAAAGGCAAAAUCAAUCUUAUCCAGUCUGUCCCUCACACUUGAACAGUUGAAGACCGAUGUGGAGGUAGCAAGGAAAGAGAAGAAGCUCAUCAGCAAAGAAACUGCAAACAUCAAGGCAGAAAUCCACAGAACCGAGUCUCAAAUAGACUUGACUGAAGAAAAACUGCAUGCUGCAAUUCAGGAGCUUCAAGCAGUCAAAACAUCAGAGUCCUUAGCUCUUGGGAACUUGCGAAACGUUAUUCAGAAUACUAUGAGAUCUAGAGCUUCUGCUUCUCAACAUAGUUCGUCAAUUACCAUCUCAAAAUUUGAGUAUGAGUAUUUAACCGGACAUGCAGCCAAGGCUGAAGAAAUUGCAGACAAAAAGGUUGCAGCAGCUGAGGCAUGGAUUGAAGCAUUGAAAGCCAGCGAAAAGGAGAUACUGAUGAAAAUAGAACUAGCUCAUAGAGGUAUCAAAGAGACAAGGGUAGAGGAAGAGCAAGAGAUAUAUAGAACUGAGAGUUCAUUAUCUGCUAAAGGAAUGGUAGAGGGAGAGCUAAGAAAGUGGAGACAAAUGAGCAAGAAAAACUCAGAAGCUGAGAGCCCGCAACAACCAUUGCCAAGGAAGCCCAUGAAAGCUAAUGGUAAUCUGACUCCAUCAAGACGUCCCAAGCUUCGAAAUUCUGGUUUUCCAGCAGUCCGAAUGACUCCUAAAACGACUCCUCGAUCAACCUCAAUCACUAUCAGGAAGAAAAGAACAGCUGUCCCAAAUUUGGCCAAGUUUUUCAUCGGCAAGAGAGUUAACAAGGAUCAGUAA